CCCCCGGGGCAGCGCAGGCCCCGCACCCGCUUAGCGGCCCGCUCCGCCACCCCUGGGUCCCCCGAUCCGGCUCACCCUCGGGGCCGCGUGGGGCCGGGCUCGGGUUUCUGCCCCCAGACUUGCGGUUGCCUGCUCUACGCCCCGCCCCUGGCCGUAGUCGCCUCCUCCCCACGCCCAGCCUCAGGGUGGACGGAGCUUCGCUCGCUCCCUCGACGACUCCGGGGCGGAGCGGACGGUACCGUGGCAGGCCGGGCGGCCCUUCCCCCGGGCCCAGCGUCUGGCGGAGCGCAGAAUGAGACGGACAGAUCCGUAGAACUCUAGCCACGGAGGAACAAGCUAGGGGCCGGUGGGUUUGGUUUGACACAAGGUCGCCCCAGGGGUAGAAUCCUCGUGUCUCCGCCUUCGGAGUAGCUGGGGUCACUGGCUGGCCCUUCCGCAGCCUCCUGGGAUACUUUGGAUAUUUAUUUUAAUGAGAGAAAUCUCGAUUUAGGACAAGGCAGUUUUGUUUUUGUUUUUUUUUAAACGAAUGGAGACGCGGUGUAAGAUCUGUUGCCCAUUACACCGAGGGAAGGGAAACCUUUGAAGCAGUUAGAAUAAUAAGCGAAGGCUGCUUUGGCCGGAGGCUGGCAUGAUUUGCAGCUGGACCUUGACCCAGACCAGGAAGGCAACCUGCAUCAUGUGGUUACCAACUACUACUCACGUACUUAUUGAUGCCUCCCAAAAAGAGAAGCCGCAGACAGACACCGAAAGCCCCGCUGCUCUUCCACCAGCAGCCACUGGAGGGCCCCAAACACCAUUAUGACUCUUUCCAGCAGCCAGUCACCCACACUGUGCAGGUGCCCAGCAAGCCCAUUGAUCAGGACACAGCCACUUCCUGGGUAUUGCCUCAGUUUGACACAGCCGCAGAAAACCGCUUUCCAGCGCACCGGAAGCAUCACCGGAACCGGGCAAGACACCAAACUCGAAGAUCUUCCUGCAAAUUUCCAUGUCUAACCUUUGAGAGUCCACAGGCUUCCUGUUCAGAGACACUAUUGCUAUCCUUGAACAGAGAAGAGCCCUGUCACUCAGAAAAGGACAUUCCCAGAAUGCCUUUGGUGCCCCUGUUCAGUCCCCAGAGCUGUGGGGAACUGUCAGUGAAUGCACUUCAAAGCUUACCUCAUGUGUUUACAGCCCCUGAUAUCCAGACCCCGGGGUCAUCUGUGAGAGAAGAUCCCGUUUCCCCAGACCAGAAGGAAAACAGUCUUCCAAGCUGCAUCCUUGGCCCUAGAACUCCCAACAGCCCAGAGCCAGGGCCCGUGCUGGUCAGGGACACCCCUGAGGAGAAGUAUGGGGUAAAGGUCACUUGGAGACGCAGAAGACACCUGUUUGCCUAUCUUAAGGAGAGAGGGAAGCUGGACAAAAGCCAGUUCCUUGUGAAGAUCUGACUGGAUUUCACAGGUUUCCAUCCAUUGCAAAGCUGCUCAUGGUUAGGCUUCUAAAGUCACUUCUCUGGCUUGAAAGAAUAAAAUGCAAUGAACACCAAGAAGAGGACGAGUUAGCUAGAGGCCUAGCACUAGAAUUCUGUUUCUAGAUUUGCUUUUUAAGCCACCUCGCAUCAGGGACAGUUGAAUUUAGUGUCAUGAACUAUUGGUAUUUUUCUCAUAUUACCCCUUAAACCUCUGGAGUAUCUUGUACUGUUUACAAUGCUUGUGAAUAAAUGACUGCCCUGAGUUUUUAGAGAUCCCUAUCUUUGUCAGAACCGCAGCUGCACAGUCCAUCUAUAAAAGGUUUGUGCUCCCCA